GAGGAGAUUGGGAAUUUGAUACAUCUUCGGUGCUUAAAGAUUUUUCUGUCGUAAUUUGACUAUGCUGCCAAGAUCUCUAAGUAAUCUCUAUCACUUGCAAUACCUAAUCGAUGAUGGAGAUGGAUGGGCAACGUCAAAUCAAGUUGAUUUUUUACCCAGUGACAUUAAUAACCUUACUAACUUGCGUCAUGUGAAAUUUCGUCCCAACAAUGAUAUUUCAUUGAUAUGUGGGAUUGGGAAGCUAAAAUCUCUUCAAGAAGUGAAUAUGUUUGAUCUUAGAGAUGUGAGUGGUCAUAGAAUUGGGGAGCUGGAGAAUAUGAAUGAUCUUUGCAAAUUAGGAAUUAAUUGCCUUGAAAAUGUUAAGGAUGCCGACGAGGCUUCCAGUGCCAAAUUAUGUGAAAAGAGGAGGCUCACAGAUUUAACUUUAUGUUGGAGUGACAAUAAUUCGAGGAAUCUGAAUUUAGAUGAGAACGUGCUCGACAAACUUCAGCCACCAAAAUGUCUAAGGAAGCUGAACAUAUAUUCUUACAUGGGUGCAAGGUCUGCAAUAUGGAUGAACAAUGUCAAUCCGAUCUUCAAUCUAGAGAUAAUCGAAUUGAAAGAUUGCAGGAAGUGGGAAACUCUUCCUCCUUUCGGGCAACUUCCCUUUCUCAAGUCACUGACACUUAAGAACAUGCCGAAAGUAAAAUGGCUCGAAAGUAAAUUUAAUGGGAAUGAUACAUACCGUGCCUUUCCAUUGCUAGAGGUGUUACAUAUUUCCGGAUUACAAGCAUUAGAGGAUUGGUUUGAGGCAGGAGUUGCUGCUGAAGAUGGAUGUUUGUUUCCUUGCUUAAUUCAACUGGCGCUACAAAACUGCCCGAAGUUGAAAGAGUUGCCCUCUUUGCCUCCUAAGCUCAAGAGCUUGAAGAUACGACCUACGUCGUGGAAGACUUUGAAUUUUUGUAGCAAUUCAAAUCCUAUUCCCCUUGAAUCAUUAUGGGUCCAGCACUGUCCAAACAUUACAUCUCUUCCUCUGGCUGAUAAAAUAGCAAGUCUUGCGGCACUAAGACAUUUGAGAAUUGAAAAUUGCCCCAAUCCGAUCUCUCUCGGAGAAAUGCCAACCACUAAUAAUUGCCAUCUCAUGCUCAGCAGUCUUAGCAUAAGUGAUCCAUUGGUGUUGCUAAUGGAGCCAUUGAGAAGUAUCGCCUCCUUAAAAAAGCUGAGUAUCUCGAGGAAUAAUAAGCUGAUUUCUUUUCCAAAUGAGACGGAGCAGUGGUUUCUGAAAGUUUGUUCUUCUCUUUCUGAGCUGAACUUUAGUGAUCUCAAAUCCUUACAGUCUCUCCCUUCCUCCUUAGAAUUAUCUUCACUUCAGACAUUAUCUAUUAUAAAAUGCCCCAAUCUGAUCUCCCUCGGAAGACAUCGAGAAGUGGGGACCACUAAUAAUUGCCAUCUCAUGCUCAGCGAUCUUGAAAUAAGUGAUCCAUCGGUGUUGCUAAUGGAGCCAUUGAGAAGUAUCGCCUCCUUAAAAAAGCUGACUAUUUCGUGGAAUGAUGAGCUGAUUUCAUUUCCAAAUGAGGCGGAGCAGUGGUUUCUGAAAGUUAGGUCUUCUCUUUCUCAGCUGCGAUUUUUAAGGCUGAAAUCCUUAGAGUCUCUCCCUUCAUCCUUGGAAAGCUUAUCUUCACUUCACUGUCUAAAUAUUUGUCUGGCUCCUAUGCUUCGGGAAUUACCGAACCUUCCUCCCAAUUUACAAGAUCUAACAAUUGGGCAAUGUCAUCCAGAGUUAAAGGAGCGCUAUCGAGAGGAUGGAGGCUCCGAUCGGCACAAGAUUGCUCACAUUCCUUAUAUCCUUAUUGUCCCUUGAUACAUAAGCAAACUUCUUUCUUUACCUUAUUU